AUGAACCAAGCUUUGAUUGACAUUGGUAUGGGUUCCUUCCAGUGGAAGAUCUUUGCCAUGACUGGAUUUGGGUGGUUUGUGGACAACUUCUGGAUGCAAGCUAUCACCAUCGUCAGCCCGGCCGUCAGAAACGAAUUCGUCGUUGAGCGUAUCGCGUUCCUGACCGUUGCCAAGUACGCAGGCUUGGUAGUUGGGUCUACGGUCUGGCCCAUGACGGCUGACUUCAUUGGACGCCGUCUGGCCUUCAAUGUCACACUGCUCCUGUCUUCACUCGCCGGCCUCGUCGGUGCAGGAAGUCCCAAUUUUGUAGCCAUCGCAACCUGCUGUGCCAUCAUCGGUGUUGGUACCGGCGGGAAUCAGCCAGUGGACAGUGCCAUUUUCCUCGAGUUCAUCCCUGCUACGCAUCAAUACCUUCUUACCAUGCAGUCUGGAUUCUGGUCUGUUGGCCAGGCUGUUGCGGCUUUGAUCGGAUGGCCUCUUAUUGCAAACUUCUCCUGCCCUUCUGAUACGCCCGCUGGCGAGUGCAGAUAUGAGGAUAACCUUGGUUGGAGAUACACCUACUGGACCUUCGGUGGCUUGACCCUAGCCAUGUUUCUCAUGCGGCUUUUCUUUCGUGUCUACGAAACUCCCAAGUAUCUUCUCGGAAGAGGCCUGGAUGAGCAAGCCGUCCAAGUGGUGCAGAAGAUUGCCGCACGGAACAAGACCACCACGUGGCUUACCAUCUCUCAUUUCGAAGCCAUCGAUGCUGAGCUCAGUGCCAGAGCCGCCGACACGGAGCAACUGACAGCUCCAAACGGUGACUCUCGGAAUAUCAUGAAGCGAAAUCUCCAAAAGUUCAAGCCCGGCAAGAUCCAGGCCCUCUUUUCCACUCCGCGUCUCGCCUUUUCCACUUCACUCAUGAUCUUCCUCUGGUGUGCCAUUGGCAUGGCGUAUCCCCUCUACAACUCCUUCAUCCCGAUUUAUCUCGAAAACAAAGGCGUUACUCUCGGAAGUUCUUCCUUGAGCAAGACCUACCGCACUUACGCGAUCCAAGCCGUUUGCGGUAUCCCUGCCUCCAUCUUCGGCGGCUUCACCGUUGACCUGAAGCGGAUCGGCCGCAAGGGCACAGGAACGUUUGCAUGCAUUGGAACAGGAGUGUUUUUGUUUCUCUAUACUCGAGCGACAACGAACGCGAGUGUCUUGGGCUUCACUUGCGCAAUUGCCUUUUUUCAGAACCUGGUAUAUGGGCUGCUGUACUCGUACACACCUGAACUGUUUCCGGCCCCGAUCAGAGGUACAGCGAAUGGCCUUGUGGCCAUGUUCAACCGGCUAAGUGGACUUAUGGCUCCUAUCAUUGCUGCGUAUAUUGGCAUAGAUACUGAUAUGCCUGUCUGGAUCUCGGCUGCGCUGUUUAUGGUGGCUGGUCUUGUCUUUCUCAUUUUGCCUUACGAGACGAGAGGGAAGGCGGCAGCAUGA